UAUCCAACCCUUCAAACAGACCCUAAGCUGCGCCCAAAUCAGGAGAGCAAGAAGCUCAGGAAACGCCAUAGCCAUAGCCAUAGCCAAAGCCAACCAAACCCAUCUUCGUUCUAAGUUAUUAUCAACUCUUCCCGGACCUGCUUUCAGUCUCCUCCAAAAUUGAGCUUUCCUUAGCCUUCUAAUGGCGGCUAGCAUGAAUUCUCUUUCGCUUUCCCAACUCCCAUUUUCCCUUCCUGCUCAAUCUAAUUGUUACUCUUCAGAACACAAAGCUCUAUUCCUUCCCCCCAGCCCCUUAAUCGAGCUCAAGCUCGCAAUUAAGCGUUCUAAUCCCACCCAUCCGGCCUCGAAGUUCAGUCGCCGUGCCACCACUGCUACCGUAUCAUUUAGCCUCCCGGCUUCGAAACCCGAGGGCGUUUCCCCCGAGAAAAUCCCGAAAUGGUCAGCAAGAGCAAUAAAGUCAUUUACAAUGGCAGAAUUGGAAGCAAGGAAACUCAAAUAUCCAAAUACAGGCACAGAAGCUUUGCUAAUGGGAAUUUUAAUUGAGGGAACAAGCAAUGCUGCCAAAUUCUUAAGGGCUAAUGGAAUUACACUUUUCAAAGUAAGAGAAGAAACUGUAAAGCUACUUGGAAAAUCUGACAUGUAUUUCUUCAGCCCAGAGCAUCCUCCAUUGACUGAACCUGCACAGAGGGCACUUGAUUGGGCUGUUGCGAAGAAGCUAAAGUCAGGCCAAUCUGGAGAAAUAACUACAGGCCAUUUGCUUCUCGGUAUCUGGUCAGAGGAAUCAGCAGGUCGCAAGAUAUUGGCCACCCUUGGCUUCGAUGAUGAGAAGGCAAAAGAGAUCGAAAAAACUGUGGACAAGGAUGCAACUUUCAGUUAUAAGUAGAUGGUUCAUGUAAGAAGAUAUGAUGUGAUUUUCAUAUUUUCGUGGAUCGAAUCUUCACAAAGGACCCCCAAAAUGAGUUUCACAUGAUUUGGAUCCUCGUGCAUCCAUUUGGUGAGAUAGUGAUUUGCCUAUUUAAUCAGCACCUGCCGUUCAUAAUCAUCUUCAUUUUGAAUUGACUAUUGUUCGAACUUGUGGAGUGCUGGUAUGGUAUGCUACAUUUCAGUGGUCUCAAACUGCUUGCAGGACCUAGUUCUCUUACUGUGGCUUUUCUUGUACAAGCAACCUGAGUUGAAAGGGAAUAAUAACCCCCAAUAAUUAACACAUCAUUCUUAAUUUAGCAUUUGCAAGACAUCCUCGAUUACUUUUCGAUUUUAGUAUUCAAUAUUUUAUCUUUGUUUCUUUAA